AUGCAUGAGAAGAAUAUUGUAGAGGACGUUAUCGGCGAUUUUGUUGAUAACUUCGCUGAGACAGUCCAGAAGAAAAAAAACGUUUCUUUCUUUGAACAAGAAGAUACCGUCUCUUCUCGUUUCAACCGUUUGUUUGGUCGUGAGAAGCCAAUUCAUCAUGUUCUAGGCGGUGGCAAAUCUGCUGAUGUGCUGUUAUGGAGGAACAAGAAGAUCUCUGCAAGCUUUCUGAUGGGAGCAACUGCAAUUUGGGUGCUUUUCGAGUGGAUCAAUUUCCACUUUCUGUCUCUCGUUUGUUACGGCCUCUUGCUUGGUAUGAUCGCACAAUUCGUUUGGUGUAAUGCCUCAGGGUUUCUUAACCGCUCACGCUCUAGAGUGCCUCGCCUUGUUCUUCCAAAGGAUUUCUUCGCUGACGUGGGUGUGACCAUUGGAACAGAGGUUAACCGUGGUUUGUUGUUUCUUCAGGACUUGGCUUGUAAAGGGAAUUUGAAACAGUUCCUCAUGGCUGCGAUUGGACUGUGGGCAGCCGCAAUAAUCGGGAGCUGUUGCAAUUUCCUAACUGUUUUGUAUAUUGGGUUUGUCGGGGCCCACACAAUGCCGGUUCUGUAUGAAAGAUAUGAAGACGAAGUCGAUGGUUUUGUCGAUUCUCUGCUCAUGAAGUUUCAUAGUCACUACAAGAAGCUUGAUACUGGUUUUCUCAGUCGAUUCCCAAGUGGAAAGUUUGGGUUGAAGAAGCAUGACUAA